GAUUGCUAGGCUUUAACAUCGAUCGAUAUGUGACCAGGAAAGACUACUUUUGCAAAUAGACAUCUUAUGGGCGAAAGGCUGAAGAAAAAAGAUCCUAAUAUUCACGUCGUAGUUCAUCCUAUGAAUUUUCGAACCGACAAUGGACAGAUGAUGUUUUACUGUUGGGAUACAGAUGGGCAGGAGGCUGAGUUAUUCGGUGGGGAUGGGGGUCAACCAGUACGUAAAUUUUAUGAAUCUCCAAGUUGUGCUAUAAUUAUGUUUGACGUUACUUCCCGUGCGACGUGCUAUAAUGUCCCGGAAUGGUACAGAAUUGUCCGCAGGUUGGAUGAACGUAUUCCAACUGUUAUUUGUGGAAACAAGGUUGAUGAUGUUAAGAACAGGCAAGUGAAACCAGAGGACAUCUCUUUCCACUUGAAGAAUCUCCCUUACUAUGAGAUUUCUGCAAAGGGUAGCUACAACUUUGCUUCUUCUAUCUAGCCAGGUGGAUGGCACGUAUGGUUACGUGCUUUGUUCGGCCACCUCCACUUGCUCCCUCAGAGGUUGAAAUUGAUUUGGAGGCACAAAAUAAGCAAGUUCUCUUCUUUGUGUUAUUCCUAGUCCUUCGUCCGUCAUAUUUUUCAGAGUUA